AUGGAUCAAUAUAAAACCAAGGAAGAUGUCCUCAGGCUAGGCAUAAUUGACCCGGAGCUCGAAGAAGUCCUAAAACGUAGUCCACCACCUAUCUUGGACUUCUCACAGCCCGUUGGACAACCGCGCCAGAUAGCUUUGGCAAUGGAGAAGGCGGCAUACGACUCCUGUCCAACAUUCGAUACACAGGAAACUACAAUUGACAUUCAAAUGCGCGAUGGUUACCAAAGCAAUCUUCACAUCGUCAAGCCAGCCAAGUCAUCUUCAGGGAACCCCGUGGUGGUUCUUGUAUUCGGGGGAGGUUUUGUCAUGGGCACAAAUAUCCAGUCAAUUGUCUGGGCCCGCACGAUCGCACAUCUGUAUGGUGCUACUGUGGUCCAGCCCUUGUAUCGCCUAGCACCGGAGCACAAGUUCCCAACUGCUCCAAAUGACAUCUGGGAUAGUGUGCAAUGGAUAGCUGCCAACGCGUCUACACUUGAUGCGGACUUGACCAAAGGGUUCGUCAUAGGCGGCGCGUCAGCCGGCGGUAACCUUUCCAUUGUCGCAGCGCAUCGUUCCGUGAAAGAUAAUCUCUCUCCGCCAAUCACCGGGGUUGUCGCCAGUAUACCAGUCUGCAUGAGCGAGGAAACCGUACCAGAGAAAUACAAGGACCUGUGGGUAUCUCGGGAGCAAAACGCAAACGCGCCUGGAAAUCCAGGUCUCGAUUCAAAGUCGAUGGGUGGAUACGAGGCUCUCUACCAGCAGGAUUUCUUGUCCGAGGACUUUUCGCCCUUCAACUCGACAGCGCCAUUCUCUUCUCUUCCGCGGACAUAUAUUCAAAUUGCCGGAUUGGAUAUUCUCCGUGACGACGGCCUUAUCUAUGGAAAGGUUCUGAAAGACAAUGGGGUUGACGUGAAAUUCGAUGCUUAUCCUGGCAUGCCGCACGGUCACUUUAAUCUAUGGCCACACCUGAAGCAGUCCAUCAAAUGUCAGGAGGAUACCAUUUGGCAUUUUGGAUGGCUUUUGAAUCGCGAGGUACCUAGGGAAAGGGUGGAAGAAAUUGUUGCUUCGAUUGUGAAAUGA